AUGGAUUCCACAUUAUCCUCCAUCACACGCAGAGCCCAAAAGAUCAAGGGAAUGAUGUUCUCACCAGACGUUGAUCCCUAUUCUUUUGUGAGUCCUUCUGCGUAUGACACUGCAUGGUUAGCUAUGAUCCCAGAUUCUUGUUCUGAACCUGAUCACUAUUUGCAGCCCAAGUUCAGGAAUUGCUUGAACUGGCUGCUACACAAUCAGAAGGAACAAGGGUUUUGGGGACAAUGUGAUGCGCACGGCAACCCUACCAUUGAAGCCCUUCCUGCAACUCUUGCUUCCAUCGUUUCCCUCAAAAUGUGGAAUACUGGGCCGCUUCUCGUACAGAAAGGAUUGUCAUUUAUUGAAUCAAAUGCUGAGAAGCUUCUGAAGGGUAUGAAAGAACAUUGCACUCCCUCGCUUGCCAUUGUUCUACCUGGCAUGCUUGAACUUGCAGUGACAAAUGGUCUUCAUCUUCUCUUCCCAGAAUCAGUGAAGGAGACACUGUCCUAUAUAUUUAGCUGUCGGGAAAAGUUUCUUAACAAGGAUAGCCUUGUGGGACAGCAUUGUUAUCCUCCAUUGUUAUCAUAUCUUGAAGCUUUGCCUCCAUCAUUUGCUAUAACCACAGAAGAUAUAUCAUGCAAUUUGAAUAGCGACGGCUCAUUGUUCCAAUCACCUUCUGCUACAGCAAAAGCAUUUGUGGUUACUGGAAAGCAAGAGUGCCUCGUUUAUUUAGAGUCAUUAGCUAAAAGAUGCCCUAGUGGAGUUCCACAAACAUAUCCUUUGGAUGAGGACCUUAUAAAGCUGUGCGUGAUGAAUCAGCUGGAAAAGUUAGGUUUGUCUCGGUAUUUUGCUGGAGAGAUUGAAGAGACCAUGGCACAAAUUUACGGAAAUUUCAUCGAUCGAAAAUCGUGGGCAAAACCAUACAACAUGAUUGCAUUACAACUUCACAAAGACUCUCUGGCAUUUCAGCUUCUCCGGAUGCAAGGAUACAAAGUAUCGCCGUCAAGCUUUUGCUGGUUUAUACGAGACAAAGAGAUCCGAGGUUAUGUGGAGAAACAUCCUCAGUGUUUUACAAGUGCUCUGAUAAAUGUGUACGGAGCCACGAACGUCAUGUUUUGUGGAGAAUAUCAACUUGAGGAAGCAAGAUCUUUUGUCGGAAAAUUACUCGAGAAAAUGACUUCAGGAGAUAGAGACCACCAAUCACAGAUUGGGCAUGAGUUGAAUCUUCCAUGGCUCGCUCGGCUCGAGCAUUUGGAACAUCGGAUGUGGAUAGAAGAAAAAGAAGCCAAUGCUCUUUGGAAAGGAAAGACCUCAUACAAUAGGAUAUCAUGCCUUUGCAACGACGAGCUACUACAACUUGCUGUGCAAAAUUAUGAGUUCAGGCAAUCGCUUUACAAAAAUGAGUUGGAGGAACUCAAAAGGUGGUCUGAAGACUUGGGCUUGAGAAGUAUGGGAUUUGGCAGAGAGAAAACCACAUACUGUUACUACGCUGUUGCUGCUGCUGCCAGUUCCCUACCCCAUGACUCUCAUGCCAGAAUGUUAGCGGCAAAAAGCGCCAUCGUCAUCACCGUUGCUGAUGAUUUCUUUGACAUGAAAGCUUCUCUUCCUCAACUGGAUGACCUCAUGGAUGCAAUAGGAAGAUGGGAUGGCGGCGGUUUAAGCAGCCACAGCAAGGUAAUAUUCGAUGCUCUUGAUGAUCUCGUGAGUGAAGCUGCUGAAAGAUAUCCCCAACAAAAAGGAGCUGAUAUAACAAGUAAUCUCCGACAUCUUUGGCAUGAAACAUUUCUUUCGUGGCUGGAAGAGGCAAAGUGGAGCAGAAAUGGACAAACACCAUCCAUUGAUGAAUAUCUUAAAAUAGGCAUGAUCUCCAUUGCCGCACACACCAUGGUUCUUCCAGCUUCCUGCUUUCUGAAGCCCAGCUUACCUAUUGACAUGCUUAGGCCACCCCACUAUGAAACCAUCACAAAAUUGCUUAUGGUUAUUUGUCGUUUAUUGAAUGAUAUACAAAGCUGCCAGAAGGAAGAACAAGAGGGGAAAGUGAAUUCUAUUCUCACAAACUUGAUAGAGAAUCCAGAGUUGGACAUGGAAGAUUCAAUAGCUUUUGUGAGAGAGAUAAUAGGGAAGAAGAAGAAAGAGUUCAUGGAGCAUGUGCUUAUGGAUGAAAUGUGUGAUUGGCCUAAACCCAGCAAGCAAUUUCAUCUGUCAUGCUUGAAAGCCUUCCAGAUGUUUUACAACUCAAGCAAUCGCUAUGACUCAAAGACAGACCUGCUGGAAGAUAUUGAAAAAGCAAUCUAUCUUCCUCUGAGCAGAAGCUUAAAGAAGCACCUCAAGGUUAAUGAUGGCGUCAUUGCAGGGCUAAACAAGAAAUAUGCAAGAAUAAACUCCAACACGAAACGGUACAUUAAACCUAAGUGCUUAAUUAAUGUUGCUGUUAAUAACCCUCAAUAUACGUUGAGAAAUGUAAUUCAUGGAGUGGCACCAAAAAUUGUGGGAGGCUUCGUAUAA